AUGUUCCAACACAUGCUUGUGUGCAAGUACGUGCUGUUCCUGCAGGCGCUUGGGUGUGCUGACGAAAGCUGCACGCAAGACCCCCCAACAGGCCUGCAGGAGGGUCCCAAGCGCAUCGCCAUCCAGGAGACGGCUGCCAUACACGCAGCGCUCGCAGCUGAUGGCGCUGUGAUCCUCACGGGCAUAAGCGGCGUAAGCGUUGCAGACGGCACGUGGGAAGCGAAGGCUGCGGCCCUGCCGUCCCUCACCUUUCCAGGACGCCUGGUAUCGAAAAUCCCGAAAGUGCAAGGCAUUCACCUGGAACAUGCCCAUCUCCGGCAGAACCUGACCUCGAGUCCUUUUGAUCUUGUUGGCAAGCCGCUUCUGCCGCACACAGACGGAUACAUCUAUGGCGAGUUUCUGCCCGAUUACAUUGCCUUCGUGGUCGAGUCUCAAAGUGAUUCUGGUGGCCAGAAUUAUGUUGUGGAUGGGAAACGUGUUCUUCGCCGGCUGUGCGAUGGCGACAGAGACGACUCUGACGAAAGCGAAACCUGCGCGAUGGCCGCGAUGGCCCAGACGCUGGCCGUUGACCAGACGGAGCGAUCUCCACCGGGCUUCGUGAACGGCCAGGAGUUCCGAGGCCCUCUCGUACAGAGACAGCGGCAUGCGAUGCAUCGGCUGCGCUUUCACCGCCAAACCUCAGUCCUUGCGUGCAAGGAUGCAGCAGAUACGGUGGAUGAGAAUGGGCGACUUGGCACUGACUUGCGCCCCUACCAAAGCUUGUGGGCGCUGUCUGAACCUGAGGGACAUCAGGCGCACAAGGUGCAGGACAUGCUUAAGACAGUGGACGCAGCCGUCCAGCAAGAAGCUGCCCAGGCGUAUCGGUUCACUGUGCAUGAGGGGGAAGCCUUGUUGAUUGACAACUACCGUAUGCUGCAUGGCCGAGAGGGCUACAAAGGUCGGACAGAGCGAAAGUUGUGGCGAGUUUGGUUUUGGACCAACGAGAGCAGUGGCAUUCCGCGAGGCAUGCCUGAGCUUGGCUCGGUUCUGGAUGCUGAUGAGCUGAACCAGAUAUAG